UCUGCUCUACGUGGUGCGUUAUCCAUACUUGAUCAGCAGUUUUUUUUUUAGUCCUGUCUUGUCAGAUCUGGCCCACACAGUUUGCCUUGUCCUGCUAGCACCACGCGGGUCGAUCUACUUCUGAAUCAUCAUUGCUUUUUUUUUAAUGCAUCUCUCUCCUGUCAUUCUUUUUCUUUUCUGUUUCACUUGAUUUUCUGCUCCUGCUGUGGCCUGUUAUCCCUGGGUCGCAUGCUCAGGACAACACUCAUCCUUACUACUGGCGUCUUGGCAUUCUAAACGCAAGCGAAUCUUAAAACUGACUCGCUAUAGGCACCACCUCCUCUUUACACACAGAGUUCCCCCCCCUAUAAUUCUACCUGGGGAAUUAUAAUAACUAGCUUGCUGCUUGGAUUUCAUCCAUCCUGCUGUCCAAACAUCUCGCCAUGGCCCUCAUGGUGCAGGAUGACAUGGAUCUGCGUACUACGGAGACUACUAUGGCAGAUAUCAGCAAGGUUUCUCCACUCCGCCGCCAGGUUUCCGAACCAUUCAACUCAUACUCCAACUCUCUAACUGCUACCCAUUCCCCAUCUGUGGUGAUGGGUAAACCUAAAUGUCCCUGGUGCGGCCGGUUUAUCAAACGUAUCGACGGUCUUUCUCAUAGUGAUGCCCUGAAAGCGCACAUGGAAACCGUGCAUCCUCAUUUUGCCAAGUUCCCCAUCUAUGACGGUGCGGCGGAUGGUCAUGCUCCCAAUGGGACCCAUGAUCACAAUGCCAACGCCCUUGCCACUGAGGAACCUAUUAAGAACGGAGCUAUCCUUGCCAGCGUCGAAAAGGACGAGGGUGUUAGUGAUGGUCUCAACGGCAACGACAAUAGCCGCGAUCUUCAGAACGGAGCUGCUGGAGACCACGACCACGGUGUUGAGGGAGGUGAAACUGGUGUCGAAAAUGACGAGGCUGUGGGAAAUCAAGAACUGGAAGACGAUGAAGAUGAAGAAGGAGUAGAAAUUGCUCUCGAGGAAGAACCCAUUGAAAAUGCCCUCCCUGUACCCGCCUCGACUGACAACUUUUCUAAACCGACCCUCCAGGCUGCAGAGCAACGAUAUCUGGACUACUGGAACAUUCACAAGCCCCAAAUCUUCUCCAGUGACUUUGAUGACGAGACCACUGAUUUGGAGCAUGAUUGGGACCGCGUGUUCGGCGCCGCAUCCAAUGGGGCUCUCAAACGUGAGGCCCCCGAACCUCUGGAGCGUCCUGUGCCAUACAAACGGACCAAGGUCAAUCCAGGUGAAUUUUUGGAAAUCACCCCCGUCGAGAAAUAUCUCGCCCAACUGCGCGACCCCGAAAAUCUGACCUACGACGAGCUUUACGCGGUCACCGCCAACGUCGCUCAUGCGCUUCACACCUGGCAGGAUGAAUACCUUGCCAUCGACAAAAUGACGAAACGAGCCACCCGCAACGUGCUCCAGAAAACGGCAGAUCCCCGGAAGCUUGAGGAGCGUCUCAAGUUUGAGGACAAGAAGAUGGCCGCCCUCUAUGGCUUCAAAUAUGAUUCGAAGAAGACCUACGAAAACCUCUACAACACGAAGAAAUGCCCCUGGCAACUUCCUUUCAUGACCGCCGGCUUCAAGCCCACGGCGACCCAGUGGAAGAAGAUGAGCGACAAACUCGACCCCAAUAAUCAGAACCCCGAUGGGUGGCCGACCAUGCGUAAAUUCGGUCUCGAGUGGACUCUCCGACAGGAAGAUCCCAAGGAUCCCGAGGAACUCAAACCAAAACCCAGCCCGAAACUUACUCGAAACCGCCGGGCCGCCGAGCUGGAGGCUGCCACCAGACUCGAAGAGACCGCCGACAGCAGUGGCGAGACCGAAGCGGUCGUCGAAACUGAUGAAGAGAUCACCCCUCCUCCCGCGAAGCGCGCCCGCACCCGAGGCGGCAAGCAGUAUGCUGCUGCCACCACCACCGAAGCAUCUCAGAACGGUACCGCACCCCCCAGUCCCACCCCAACUCGCAGUACCACUCGUGGUCGUGGUCGCGGUCGCGCGCGUGGAGGCCGUGCUGGCUCUCGUGCCAUCUCCGAGACUCCCCAACCUCCUGCCAUGACAUCUACAUCCGUUACUACUGCUACAACUCCUGCUGCUGCUGCUGGUGGUAGUGCCUCUGGUGUUGGUGUUUCUACGCGUGGCCGAAGCGGUCGGGGUCAGGCACGCGCAUCAGCUUCAGCCAGAGCAACACCCGUUCCCUUGCAAGCCCGCCCCGAGUCAGCAAAUACCACGAUUCUUGACCUGCCACACAUCGCCCCAGCGCCAGCGAUCGCUCCAAGAAUUGCACCAGCGAAUCCAAUCACUACCUCACUGGAAGACGCGAACGUCGACCCGGUCGAACUGGCUCGUCGGCAGAAGAUUGCCAACUCCAAGAACCCAAAACGGACCGAGGCGAUGCUCAACCACUGGGCCCGGUUCAAUAAGGAGGGCCGCGUGCGCAACCCAAAACGCACCAAGGCCCAGAUCGAAGCCGACCGCGUCGCCGACGCUGCCAAGAAGGCAACCGAGGGCCCCAAACCAACUGGCCGCAAGCGCAAGUUCCCGGAUGACCUGGACACCAUCACCAUGCCUCGAGGCGGUGCCACCUUCGCCACCCACUCGACCCCGGCGCCGGAGAUCGCCCCCAAGACGGCCACCCCGGUCGAGCUCUCCCUGGCACCAGCAAUGUCUGCCGUCCCAUCGUCACAGGGAGGUGCUCCUCCGUUGCAACCCGCUACCUUGCAACCCGUGGCGCCGCAGCUGGCUCCUCCGCUGGCUCGGCCAGCCCCUUCGCCCUUCGGGCCUGGUCAGCCCAUGGGUCCUCCUCCACCCCACCAGAUACCCUAUCACACUCCGUACCCGGACUUCUUCAUCCGUUACCAGGGGCCCUCACUACCUCCUCCUCCUCCUCCUCCUCCUCCUCCACCUCCUGGUCCUCCUCGAGGAGACGGUCGUUAAACAGACCCCCUAAAAAAAUCCUUUCACCCACAUGUCCAUAUGCCAGUGCUAUCUGGUGGUUUCUAAUAACUUCUAAUGUCUUUUUCAAGGUUUUCUUUUGUUC